CAUUCUAUUUUGAUGGGGAGGCCAAAGUAUGGUGGCAAUGGUUCACGAGCGUCUACCGCAGCCGACAACAAGUCAUCCGGUGGGACGAUUUCGAGCGCGAGUUACUCACGCGUUUCAGAACAUCAGACUACCACAACUACAAUGAGGCUCUCACGCGAAUAAGGCUGACAGGUAGCUUACGUGAUUAUUUAAAAGAAUUUGAGCGUUUAGCUUGUCGAGUAAGAGGUUGGCCCGAGACCGCGUUAGUAGGGGCUUUCAUAGGCGGCCUAAAGUUUUAUCUAGCUGCUGAGGUGCGCUUAGAGCGUCCAGAGACAUUGCAUGCCGCCAUGAAGGUUACUCCAUGCCGAGAAGAUCAUCUUGUGGCAACUCGAAGGGGACGGGCGGACGCACGCUACCCCGAGAUACGACGCGCACAGCCGGAUGCAAGCAAUAUG